CCUUCUCUCCUCCUCACCAUCCUCUUCUUCUUCAGUAUACGCAUCAUCCCCUCCAAUCCCCUCUCCGCAUCCAUGAUGUUGGCAGAGCCUGUCACUCCCGCUCAGGGCGGCGGCGACUACCUGGCGUUGCUGCCUGAAGAAAUACUUCUCCAGAGCCUCAAUACAUGGCCGAAGUCUGCAAGCGAUUCCAUAACCUCUCCCGAUCUUCUUCGCUCCAGGCUCACUGGUUUAUCUCCACGCACGGUCGAGCGUAUGCCCUUUUCUACGCUCUUGCGAGACCAAGACUCUUCAAGAGGGAGCUCCUCCAUAAACUUCUCCAACUCGGCGCUGUCUUCUCUCUGCAACUCGAAGGAAGUGCGCACCCUUCUUUUCAAUUCCAUCGGACCACGGCUUUAGGACUGACCGUUUGCAUUCUCUCUGUGUCGCAGCGUCGUUGCAAAACUGACGGAACGCCAGCCCAAUUGGACACCUGGGGGCAAAAUCUUUCACACGAUGCGAGCGAAGCAGUCUUCCAAGAAGGCGAGAAGCAGGUGAGUCACACCAGAGCGCGACGAGCAGCGUCCUUUCAGACUCAUGGACUGCGGAACUGCACUCGUUCUGCUAGUAUUCCAGAGAGCUAUGCUCUAGCGUGUGCUGUGGACAGAGCUAUGCUGCGUGGAUUGCUGGAGACGAGAAGUUGCCAUACGACCAGCUCGAGCUCUUCUUCGGGAAGUUUAGGUUCAUCCCUCUUCCACUAUUCUCGUGCGCUGGCAUGAUGCACCUGACGUUGACCACCGCCGUAGCGAAGUGGCCUCGAGCAAUCUUACACUUCGCUAAUCAUGGCAUUGUCUUUAGCGACGACGAAAAGAGGGCAAUUUUGACAGAAG